UUUCUCGCAAUGGGGCUUUUCGGUGGUAGCUUCAAGUUUCUGGUGGGAGUGGGGUGCGGUGUCUAUGUAGCUCAGAACUACAACGUUCCAAAUGUCAAGAAGCUGUUCAACACGUAUGUUUUCCUGGCAAAGCACAUUGAGGAAACAUACCGUAAGCCGAAGAAAGACGACAAAGACGAGUGAUUAUCGCACCCCUGGCGAAAAGAAGUGUACUCUGACAUGACAGAAACGUGAUCUUCAAGAGCUUAGAACUACGACGGUGCAUAGUGGGUACCUAUGAAAUUUAUCAUGACAAGGUUUGUGGAUCUUUAUGAUGAAACCUUAGUAUUUUUUAAGUAGGAGAGAAGGUAUGCAAACAUCCGAUCCAUAUAUUAUGGCACUAGUACAAGUUUCAUAAUAAAUGGAACCUCUUGUCGUAAUC